AUGGGAGAAGGAAAGUUUCUAGGAGGCGUCUUUGACGACGUCGACAUUGAUGAAAUAGCAGAGUUCCGGGAACAAGACUAUGAAGAACGAAUGGCCGAGUACAAUGCAAGCCAAAACAAGAAUGCUUCAAAAUCGCAACGUGAAAGGGAUCUUGCCAGGGUUCUAGUUCCGCUGUUGGCAAUGCAGUGUUAUCAUUUGCCUGGAAACAAUUGGAGACAAGAUCUGGCGCAGUACAUUGCGAACAACCACCCAGUCUUUGGUAUCUUUCUGCACCAUAAUUUGCAUCCAAUUGGAUCAAAAACGAGGAUUUUUGCUUUGGUAGGCACCUUGGUGUUUGGCCUAGCACUGACAAGCUUCUUUGAAUUGCUCUACAUCAAGUAUCCGUCAUACCAAAAGACAUUGCUCGCCUUUGGAAGUUCCGAACAGGGAUGGGAAUUGACGUCGGGCAUGCUAUCACUGUGGACGGUUGGAGGAGGAAUCCACACCGCCUACAACUUGUUCGUCUGGCACAUUGCAGCAUGCUCUUGCAUGCGAGAGGGAGGGUGCAUGGAGUCUGCACCAUCAUUUUGCCGCUGUCCUAGCUUUGGAAAGACCUUUGUUCGGAUCUUUGUCAUUUUGAUCAUUGCGUUGUCAAUCUUUGUGGUCUGUCUAAAGGUGGCGAUUGCGAAUGAUGGCUCGGCGGAGGCAGACGCGGUCGCCGACUUGGAUAAUUACCAAAGUGCUGAUGACUUUGGAUUCGUCGUGGCGUAUUUCGUUGGAAUGGGAUUGUCAUUCUUUGUCUGGUACUUUUUGGGUCUCUUUGUCCUCUUUUCGGGUGUGCUUGGGUGCUACAAGCUGCCCGUUCUGGGUGGCCGGCCCAGAGAGGUGGCGAUUGAAGAAAAACUGAUUGCCAACACUAGUAACGCUAGCACCAAGAGCAGUAACCCCUUUGAUGACCUUGAGUCGCCCAAAAAGAACAGCAGUCGACGCAGUGACAAAAACAAUUCUUUCGUUGGAGGAAGUGGCCGACGAGACGACAACAAGAAGAGUAGCAGUCGACGCAGUGACAAGAGCAAUUCCUUUGUUGGGGGAAGUGACCGAGACGGGAUGAAGCACCAGCACAGUAGCCUCAAGAAAGGCAAGAAGAAGAGCAAAAGAGAUAUUGAGACUGGGCUUGCAAACGAUUUGGAACAGCCCAGUAGCAAGAAGAAGCUAUCAAAGGAGAAAAGCAAACGUAAAGAGAAUGGUGGGCAAUCGCCCAGCAAUACCAGAGAAUUGGUCAAGAAACCUAGUAGCCGCAAAAAGAAGCAGGCUGAAGGCAAAAUGAAUAGCAGCAAGCUUGUUUUCCAGCCAUUGUAA